UUCGCGGCUGAUUGAGGUGUGUCCGUUAGCCGAUUGAGUAGAAUUUCGGUUUAUAGAAAGUUGACCCACGAAUGAUGGGUAAAUUGGUCCGAAGAAUUGAAAGGUGUUAAGUUUGGUAUAAAAGUGAUCCAAUUUCGGGGAUCAUUAUCACAGUUAAUUUGUCAAUCGACCUCAAAGCAACUGCAAAAUAAUAAUCAUGAAGUGCAUCGCAGCUGUAGUCAUGGUGGCCCUCGCCGUUGUUGCCGAAGGCUCUUAUGUUCCAUCGAUUUACGCUCAUCACGCCACUCCAGUAGUGACUUAUGCUGCCCAUCAUCUGGUCAACCCAACUGUUGUCCAAUCAAACGACCAUCACAGCUGGGCUCAUGCUGCCAUUACUCACAACACUCUGGCUCAUCAUGCUCCAAUUGUUGCCUACAACCAUUGGGAUACUCAUCACGUUCCAGCCGUUGUUGCUGUCGACAGCCAUCACGGUCAUUGGGAUAACCAUCAUCACACUGCUGCUGUGAUCGCCGCCCCAGUGCACCAUUCCGCUUCGUAUGUCGCUGCCAAUCGUGGUGCUGUCCACAAGGCUCCACUCGCUGGACAUGCCAUCAACCAGAAGUCCCUGAAUCUUGCUGCUGCUCCAGGAACUCUGUGAAUAAUUGUGAUGUU